AUGUAUCUGUCAUGCUAUUUCGUAUUGUUUGUUUUGCCGUUGCACGUCGCGCAAAUAACGGUAUCAUAUGAAGGCGAUGAGGCAAUACAAGCAGCAAUAAUAAUGAACGACGGCGAAAUAAAGAUUAUAGCUAAUGACAGUAAAGCAAACCAAAAACGGUACAAAUGUGAAGUAUGCGAUAAGCAAUUCGGAUAUUCCGGCACUCUGAAGCGCCAUAAGAUGAUACAUACCGGUGAAAAAAAAUACAUAUGUAAGGUAUGCAAUAAAGUAUUCCAAAGGUCCGACGAUCUGAAGAGCCACCAAUUUAUGCAUGGAAACGAACGACCAUUCAAAUGUUACGUGUGCAAUAAAACAUUCAAACGUUCCGGCAAUCUGAAGAGACACCAAUUGACGCAUGGAAACGAACGACCAUUUAAAUGUCACCUGUGCAGUAAAACAUUCAAAGAAUCCGGGAAUGCGAAGAGACAUAUAUUGAGACAUGGAAACGAGCAACCAUUUAAAUGUCACCUGUGCAGUAAAACAUUCAAAGAAUCCGGGAAUCUGAAGAAACACAUAUUGACUCAUGGAAACGUGCAAUCAUUCGAAUGUAAAGUAUGUGGUAAGAAUUUCACUCAAUACAAUUAUUUGAAUAAACACAUUAAAAGGCAUAAAAGUUGGGAUGAAAAGCUGUAUUCCAUAGCACGCUCCUUAAUGAUAUCGAUAGCAGAUGAUAUCAUCGACACAGAAAUAUCAAUAAAGGAAAUAAUUACAUUCGCAGGACUAUAA